GGAGCGCGGCGAGGAGAGCGCGAGCGAGCGAGCGAGCGGGCGAGCGCCGGGGAGGGGGCCGGGAGCGAGGGGCAGCUCGGGAGCAGCCGGAGUGGUAGCGGCGGCGGCGGCCAGGCUCGGCGCCCUCUUCUCUGCAAACCAUGUUUGCCAAAGGCAAAGGCUCAGCGGUGCCCUCGGACGGGCAGGCUCGAGAAAAGCUAGCUUUAUACGUCUACGAAUAUUUACUGCACGUAGGAGCACAGAAAUCUGCACAGACCUUCUUGUCCGAGAUUCGAUGGGAAAAAAACAUCACGUUGGGAGAACCUCCUGGGUUUUUGCACUCGUGGUGGUGCGUAUUUUGGGACCUUUACUGUGCAGCUCCUGAAAGGCGAGACACUUGUGAACAUUCAAGUGAAGCAAAAGCCUUUCAUGAUUACAGUGCAGCAGCCGCCCCGAGCCCCGUGCUUGGCAACAUUCCCCCCAACGAUGGGAUGCCCGGAGGCCCCAUCCCGCCGGGUUUCUUUCAGGGUCCUCCGGGGUCACAGCCCUCGCCGCACGCACAGCCUCCACCCCACAAUCCCAGCAGCAUGAUGGGACCCCACAGUCAGCCUUUUAUGUCACCGCGAUAUGCAGGCGGCCCCAGGCCCCCGAUCAGAAUGGGAAACCAGCCUCCAGGAGGAGUUCCUGGGACACAGCCACUGCUGCCCAAUUCCAUGGAUCCUACACGACAACAAGGACACCCCAACAUGGGAGGAUCAAUGCAGAGAAUGAACCCUCCCCGAGGCAUGGGGCCCAUGGGGCCCGGCCCACAGACUGACCCUUGGUUAUCGUUGCAGAAUUACGGCAGCGGCAUGAGACCACCACCCAACUCCCUUGGCCCCGCCAUGCCCGGGAUUAACAUGGGCCCGGGAGCUGGCAGACCCUGGCCCACUCCUAACAGUGCUAACUCAAUUCCAUACUCCUCCUCAUCACCCGGUACCUAUGUGGGACCCCCUGGUGGUGGUGGCCCCCCAGGAACACCCAUCAUGCCGAGUCCUGCAGAUUCAACAAAUUCCAGUGACAACAUCUACACAAUGAUUAAUCCGGUGCCGCCUGGAGGCAGCCGGUCCAACUUCCCGAUGGGUCCAGGCUCGGACGGCCCCAUGGGCGGCAUGGGCGGCAUGGAGCCACACCACAUGAACGGAUCAUUAGGGUCAGGUGACAUAGAUGGACUUCCAAAAAAUUCUCCUAACAACAUAAGUGGCAUUAGCAAUCCUCCAGGCACCCCUCGAGACGAUGGCGAGCUAGGAGGGAACUUUCUCCACUCCUUCCAGAAUGACAAUUAUUCUCCAAGCAUGACGAUGAGUGUGUGACCCCCCUCCUGUUCUCUGAGAUGCUGAGAGAGCCGGCAUUGCAGGCAGGAAGAUGCCAGAAAUUAUGCAAGAAAUGAGGUGUCAUUACCCAGGAGCUGGGGGAGGGGCAUCUCCCUGCUCCCCCUCCACCCCCCUCCAACCCUCCCCACAUCUUUCCCAAUUUUAGUUUCAGUCAAUAAAAAGGCCGAACUUUUUAUUCCAUAAAACAUGAAGGACAAAACUCAAAAUAAAAAUAUGUUUCAAGUCAAUGACCAGAAAAAUCCCACCCCUUGCCCUUUCCCGAAAGGACCUUUUAUGUACAUGACACUUUUUUGUUGUUUUUUGUUUGGGGUUUUACUGUUGUUGGGAUUUUUUUAAUUUGUUUUCGGGGUGGGGGGGUGGGUUGGGGAAAAAUUUUUAAAAAUGGAAGCUUCUAGCAAGCCUUCACCCCAAUCAAGUUCUUUGCUUUCUUCUUUAAAAAAAAAAAGAAAAAAGGACAAAAAAAAAAAAAAACAAGCCCUGCUGUCUGUCUGUACCCAAGCCCUUCCACCAGGAAAGCUAGUCUAGGUGUGAGAUCUCACGCUGUCUUUGUAGCCAUCUAAAAAUAAUAAUAAACUGGGCAGUUUACAAUCGGUGGUUUAUUUCAAAAGGCCUUUUUGGAAAGAAAAAAGGAAGUCACCCUUUCCACUUGGGGUUUUUGGUUUGUGCUGAUGGGCAAAGGAAGAGCGGGACCUGUUUGGUUUUUGCUUGGUUUCUUCUGGCGGAGGUGGCGACAGCAACUGCACAACUUGGACCCCAGAAUCCCCCCACCCCCAAUGUGGUCGGAGGGGCCAGACCACCUGAGCACGUUCAGGACUCCGCCAUGACGGAGGCUCGCUGUGACCCAGUGGCACGCACCGUGUUCCCAGGACUGCCUCCCACUCUCUCCUGGACCUGCCCCCAGCCCCUCCAGCCCCCUCAGCCCACCCGUCUUCCCAGCGAGAAUCCUGCCAGCGGGGUGGUGGCCUGGAGCGCAGUGGGGGAGGCCGCCCCCUACAGGAUGGCUAUGACCUGGGACAUGGAAACACCUCUGCGUCCUCGUCCCCGCGGCCCAUCGUUGCGUGUAUGGGCGGGCGGGCAGCGUAGGGCUGAAGUUUGGGUUUUCUUUUGGUUUUUUCCUCUUGAUUCUUCCUCCUUUGUUUCAAAGAUGGGAUAUUGACCAGAAUUGCUCUGCAUAUGCUUGGAACUGAAUGGAAAGACUUUGGAAUAGCUAUGGGGGCAGGGGAGACACCAACCACCAAACUGACAUGCUGUUUCCGGUCCUGUUUUUAUUUUCAAAAACCGACACAUGCGACAGUGGAGCCGGGUCCCCUCCCAGGAGGAGUGACUCACGGCCUCCCUCACCUCAGCAUCCCCUAUGGAAACCUCUGUGUCUUGCCCUGGAGACACCCGAAUUCUUUGUACAUUUACUCCCUCCUCCCCUGUAGCUGGUCUUUGUUUCUCCCCCCCUUUCUGAUCCAUGUAUAUCAUAUUAUGUGAGAUAUCAUCUGCCUGAAAAAAGACCUUGUGCGGAUUAUUGGGAACAUUGUAGCUGUUUCUGUGUUUUUUCUUACCUUGUAGUCUGGUUCUGAAUUAAGAGAGGAAAAAAAAAGUAAUUAUGAUACAUUGUAGUUUGUGUACGAUAUAUGUUGAUAACGUUUUAUUAAAGGGACAUCUUUUUUCCGCA